AUGUCUCAAAAGCACGAAUGGAUGGUCAUCCUCCCCGACAACACCGGUGCAUUGGAAAAGCGCAUGGCAGUUAGACAACAACAUCUGAGCAACAUCAAGCCCGACGCCGAGACUGGUUUCUGGGUUCUCGGAGGUGCAAUGCUCGAGGACGUUCCCAAGGAAGGUUCUCCUCUCAAGAUCACCGGCUCAGUCAUGAUGGCUGUGGCAAGCACCAAGGAAGAGGUCCUCGAGAAGAUCAAGAAGGAUAUCUACCAUGAUGAGGGUGUCUGGGACAUGGACAAGGUCCAAAUAUUCCCCUUCAAGUCAGCCAUCAGAUCUGCUUUGUAG